AUGCACGGAGUCAAGCUAAAGAGCAGCCCCAGAAAGGUCUCUCCUCCGGGGCCUACGUUUAUGAAUGAUGAGGAGCUAGGGAAUUACUUGCGAGAUCUUCGAACAGCACGUCCACCACGCCCGAAUGGCUCACGGCCACUUCCAUCAAAGGCAUCCGGCCCGGCAGCUUCCCUCAGCUUGAAGGACACGCCGGCAAGACCAGCGUCUUCGUUCUCCACUCGGCCAUCUGAUAAUGUGCAUUCUCGGUCAAGCUCUAAGGACAUAAUUCCCCGUUCUUCCAGUGCUCUCUCUCAUCGGCGGACAACCUCAGAGGUGUCCACACCUACCAGCAGUUCCAGUGGGACGCCGACAAUCCCCGAAUGCGAAGUGUUUAACGGUUCAAGAAAUGUGUCUCACUGUGGGAGCAGCCUGUCAUCGGCAACCUCAACUGCAAUACCGUACAUUGAACGUGGCCAGAGAUGGAUGGAAAGACAAGAAGUUCGAUCUCUACGUUCGGCAUUAGAAGAGAUGGAUGUUCAGGAUGACGAGAGCAGAUUGUUCGAGGCAGCUCAAGAGGAGGCAACUGAGCUUGUUUUGGAGCAUCAGACCCAUGGGUUUAAACAAAAGGACACUCAUUCAGCGUACAGAAACCCCGACCUGAAGACCGUAAGCAGGCUACGGCAACAUCUAGAGAAAGGUAGCCACGCGAGGACCUCCAGUAUCGGACGCGGAGGGGAAACUCCUCGGAGCCAAUCCAUAACUGACAGUAUCCGAUCAUCCUCUGAGAGUUCGAACGAAAGUCCUCCAACAUCCGACAAAACAUCUGAUGGAAUAGCACGACCACUGCGGAGGGUCAACUUUGCCUUACCGAAAGCGGGCGCUGAUAAAAAUAAAGAAGAUAAUCAAAGCCGAAGGAGAUCUGUUAGUGGUGGUUCUUCAAAGGGAAUAUUCAGGAAUCCCGAAGAUUCAAUUUAUGAAGAGCCAGAAGAGAGCAGUACCCAGGAAGAGCCCACCACAGCUCAGAAUACCGCUCCAACCUCUGCCCUAACCACGAAACCUCACAACUCUGUCCUUCGGGGAGCUCGCCCAUUUCCAAACAGAUGGAGUGGUUCAUCAACCGGCGGCAAGCUGAAUCGAUUUGACAUACACAAGAAUCCUCCGUCUCAGACCAGGAACCCCCUUUACACUACAAAUACUUGUACUCCACGUGAACAGACACCAGAGCCAGAGAAUAAACAAAGCACUCCGACUAAAAAUGGGAUCGAAAUUCGUGACGAUGAAAUUCGUGCCGCCACAAGCAUGAAGUUGAAGGAUCGAAGCACAAAACUUCCCAUGCCCUCAGCAGUCAGUGAUAGACCAGGCCGCCCAAUUGUUAGUUUUGACCCCAAUUGGAAAGAGCCAGCGCAGGACGAGCCUGUUGGACCACCUGGCAGUGGACAUGAUGCUUCAACGCAAUCCACAGGCUCCAGUGUCACUCCUGCUCCGGUUCCCAUACCGGAAGUCAAUGUCAGUGCUCCGACAGUCCCCAGUAUUAGUAUUGAGAAUGAAGGUCCAAUGGGACCUGAGAUUCGGAUCUCGCCAUUAGGCCCUACUAUAUCUGAAAUGGAGCAGGCGAGUCAAGUGCAACAAAAACGAGAGCUACCCAACCCCGGGCAUCGUCAGUCUAAUAACCGCCCGGGCUCAAGAGGAAUCGAAAGAUACCAGUCCCUUUCCAAGGCUGGGAUACCGACAGCAAGUUGCGUUGUUUGUGGUCUAUCAAUAUCUGGACGUGUGGUCACCGCAAGCUCUUACCGGCUUCACCCAGAGUGUUUCAACUGCUUUCACUGCCGCACUCCCCUCGAGUGUGUCGCAUUUUACCCAGAACCAGAGGAGAAGCGCCGAGAGCGGCUGUCACAGCCUGACCUUCAUCAAGAUUUAGGACCAGAUGAACCACGUUUCUACUGCCACCUAGACUUCCACGAACUGUUCAGUCCACGGUGCAAAAGCUGCAAGACGCCCAUUGAGGGUGAGGUCAUCGUUGCCUGUGGCUCAACCUGGCAUGCCGGCCAUUUCUUCUGCGCAGAGUGUGGUGACCCGUUCACUCCUACCACUCCAUUUAUUGAAAAGGAAGGCUUCGCAUGGUGUGUCCGGUGCCAUUCACGGCGUACUGCGUCCAAAUGUAAAGCCUGUAAGAAGCCAGUAUUGGAUGACGUAGUCGUCUCUGCACUUGGUGGCCAGUGGCACGAUGAGUGUUUCCGAUGCGAUGAAUGCAAGGGGUCGUUUGGGCCAGAUGGACGUUUCUUUGUGAGACAGGGUAAGCCCAAGGUAAAUGCCAGGGGAAGGCAGAUAGGUGGCCCGGUUGAACUACCAAUCUGCGAGCCGUGUGAGUCAAGACGUUUGAAGGCGUAA